AUGGGACGAAUAUCAGCACUUUUUCAGCGGAAAAAACUAACACCGGCAAAAACGCGCCGUUUAGUGGACAAGCUGAAGACGGCCUGCGCCAUCUAUCUGGAUCCAACCAUUCGCUCACCCAACAUUCAGCGCGGAAAGGCUUUAAAGGUGUUGAGAAAGAUCGUCCGUAGGUCGCCGCGUGACGUAAUCCAGUACAUCCCGGAACGGGACGCCAUACUCGAGUGCUCGCUGGUGCUGGUGCAGAACUACGUCGCCCAUAUUCGGCUGCGGCCGAGCGCGUUUGGUCGCCACUUCCGGAAGCAGGAACCGUUCGCCGACGCGAAAGCCCUUUUCCAGGCCGUCAUCAACCUGCUGAUACCGGAGCUGCAGGACGAAGUGAUCGACACCAUACUGGCGUUCCUGCAGACGGAGAACCUCUGGAAGGUGGAGUUCAUCUGCGUGGAAAUUCUGCUGUUCGUGCUCGAGUGUCACUCACCGUCGGCGCUGGUGCUAUCGAAGUUGAUCGAUCAGAUCGAGCGGUUUCUCGGCGCGUCCGACGUCGGCCAGGUGCGCCAUGUGCUUUCGGUGCUGCAGAACGUCACCGUGCCGCUGCACUGGGAUAUGCUCGAGUACUCGGAGCUGUCGAAGCUACUCCGGUUCUACCACAGCAGCGUCACCAUCGGCACCAGCCGGAACCAGAUCUACGAGCUUCGGCGGGGAUUCGAGCGAUGCCUCAAGAACCUCAUUGCGCUGCUCUCGAUGUGGGAUCUGUACGGAUUCUGCAUCACCGUGCUGCCGCUUGCCUUCGAUACGGAAAUGUCGGAUGAGGCACGCAUCGAGUUCGGCUCCACCGUGGAGUACGCCGCGUCGAAGAUAUCGCUGUCCAGCCCGUCCGGUUUUACCUCCGCCUCGCUGGUGGUCGAGUAUUUGCUGCAACAUAUUGCCUCCGAGGACGCAACCAGGUGCAUUCUGGCGUGCAAAGUGCUGAGUAAGCUACUCGACCGGGGACUCAACGAUCCGGGUCAGUUCCAGUCACCGAAGGUUUUUCACAUCGACACGUACUAUCCGAUUGCGCUUGCCACCGAUGUUGCAACCCUACGCCGGCUGUUCGUAGCGCAUCGCGUCCUUCUCGAGAAGGUCCUCCUGCAAGCGUUCGAUCGCCACAGUCAUCAUCAGAUGCACCUCGAAGUGUUCUACCAGCUAGUCUGUACGCUUCUCGUCGAAAUACCCGGUGGGUUCACGGAUGCCGCCGUAAUAUGUCUGCUGCUACAAGUCCAGAAACGUUUUCAAUGCGUUCCAAAUGAGCCACUGAAGGAGUCAACCAGCCUUCCGGAGUCGUCCAACCGUAUACAUGCCACCAUCAUGGCGGUGAUGACACUGAUCAGCUGGAUCGAGCGCACCGGCUCGCUGAACGCGUACGUCACGCGCAUCCUCAAGGCACGCUACGACACCGCCCCGCACCUGAAUCCGCCCCUUCGGGAGAGGUACACGUACGCCCCUCAUCACGUUUCCUGGUACGAGAAGGACCUCUUCUUCGACACGCUCGAGAUACGCUUCGGACUGUGGAAGUGUUUCCGUAUCGGGGAGCCAAAGAUGCCCCGGCCGCUUCGGAAGCGCACAAACUCCAACACCAGCAGACGUGGCAGGCUUAGCGGAACUUUAAACCUGAUCGCCGGCAUUUGA